UUGGUUCUCUGCUAUGCCUUGGAGGAUACCAUCUUUAGUCUCUCUACUUUCAAAGGUCAGUCAAUCUCCAAUUAUUCUUUUUCUUUUUUCUCUUUUUCACCCAUUUCUCUGUUGCUCCAUGUUUCCAUUCACAGUCCAUCAGCACGAAUAAUCACCUAUAACUUUCAGCCAUGCUUCACAAGUUUCCAAACAUCUUUAACUCAAUUCAGUCUACAAGAACUAAAGCCCUAAACCCAUGGAACUCCCUGUAUAGAUAUUGUCAUUUUAAGAAAAAAGUGGGUUUUGAUUCUUUAAACUCGACAUCGACUUCGACAUCGACUUUGGCAUCAAAAACUGCCCAAAAUAGGGUUGCAAUAUUCUGGGAUUUGGAUAACAAGCCCCCAAAUUCAUUCCCUCCUUUUGAAGCUGCUGUUCAGUUGAAAACGGCAGCUUCUUCAUUCGGGGUUGUUAGGUCCAUGGUAGCCUAUGCUAAUCAUCAUGCUUUUAGCUAUGUACCAAAAGUUGUUAGGGAGCAGAGGAAAGAGAGGAAAUUGUUGAAUCAGUUAGAGAAUAAGGGUGUGAUUAAGUCAGUUGAGCCAUAUUUUUGUAGAGUUUGUGGGAGAAGAUUUUACACUAAUGAGAAACUUAUUAAUCAUUUUAAGCAAAUUCACGAGCGUGAACAUCAGAAGAGGUUGAACCAAAUAGAGUCUGCUAGAGGGAGUAGGAGGGUGAAAUUGGUAGCUAAGUAUUCAAUGAAAAUGGAGAAGUAUAGAAAUGGGGCCAGGGAUGUUUUGACACCGAAAGUUGGGUAUGGUUUGGCUGAUGAGUUGAAAAGGGCAGGGUUUUGGAUUGGGACUGUCUCAAAUAAGCCACAAGCCGCGGAUGUUGCAUUGAGGGAUCACAUAGUGGAUGUGAUGGAUAAGAGGAAAGCUGAGUGUUUGGUGCUUGUGUCGGAUGAUUCAGAUUUUGUAGGUGUUUUGAAGGAGGCGAAACUAAGGUGUUUGAAGACUGUUGUUGUGGGAGAUAUCAGUGAUGGGGCAUUGAAAAGACUUGCAGAUGCUGGGUUUUCUUGGACGGAAAUAUUGAUGGGAAAGGCUAAGAAGGAGGCAGUAUCAGUUGUGGGGAAGUGGAAGGACCGUGAUAUCUUGAAGAGAUUGGAGUGGAAAUAUAAUCCAGAAGUGGAGAGGAAGUUAUAUAGUUAUGGCGAUGAGAGUGAGGAUCAGGAUUUUGAUAGUACUGAUGAUGGAAACGAUGCUGACUGUAUGCACAAGGAAGAUGCUGGUGCAUGGUGGGAUCUGGACUCUGAUUCUGAUAUCACUUCUUCCCAGCGGCGAUACUAAUUUAACACAGUUCACUACCAUCUACUAUCCUCUCUUGGAUUCAAUAUUUGGUAGAAGUAAAAGAGCUGAAGAACCGGAUAUGGUCAUUGACUUUCUGGUUCUGGAGCUAUUUUCAUUGGUCCAUCUUUCCUUUAAAUGUGGUUCAGAUAACUACUUUCGAGCAUAUGCCUUGUAUAGCUUGUAACUUGGUGAACAUCUUACAUCUCUGGUGCCUCCUAUAUUUGUGGCCUUUAUCUAUUAUGUACUCAUUUGAUCUUAUUUUACAAAGAAUAUUGCCUGGAAUCCUCAAUAAGUUUAUUCUGCAGUAGAGCGCCUACUUUUCAGUUCUUGCAAUUGCCAAUACCCAGAUAAAAGAAAGGAUGCCACUGGCUGCUGCAAUAUGAUGCCAAACUUGGUGAAGAAUAGCGACAGCUUUAGGAAAUGAAUCUUGCCUCCUUGGGGUAAAAAUUUAAACACUUGACUAUGCAUGGCGUGGUCUGUAUGUUCUGUGGUUUGAAGUACAAAAAUGCAAAUCAUUUUUAUGUUC